GUCCGGGGAAAGGCAGCUGGAGAGCGCGGCUCCGGCGGCGGCUGAGGCGUCACGGGGGCGCCGGAUGCUGGGGCGGGACAGAGCGGAGCGCUUCCGGGCGGCCGUUGGGAGCCGUUGGAGAGCUGGCGCCGCAGGGAGCACUAAAUUGAAGAAUGUCUGGCAGUUUCUACUUUGUGAUAGUUGGUCACCAUGAUAAUCCCAUAUUUGAAAUGGAAUUUCUGCCACCUGGAAAAGUAGAGUCCAAGGUGUGUUUUUUUCUCUGUGAUACUCCUAUGAUAUGUUUCUUCUCACAGUCACUGCUGUUUCAUGUACAGCUAGACAUUUUAAGUAUAUGCAGAAUAAGUAUAAGUGCUCAUCUCAGGAUAUGUGAAAUGUCUCUCUCCUUUGCAAAAGUUAAAUUUUCCUUAAUUGCUUUACAUAUGAGAUUUAUAAUGCUUCAUGAUGUAAGGCAAGAAGAUGGAAUCAAGAACUUCUUCAAUGACGUAUAUGACUUGUAUAUAAAGUUUGCAAUGAAUCCAUUUUAUGAACUCAAUUCUCCCAUUCGAUCCAGCGCCUUUGAAAGGAAAGUACAGUUCCUUGGGAAGAAACACCUUUUAAGCUGAAUAAAUAACUUCUGAGUGAGCGCUUUUUCCACACUUCCCUGAUUAUUUGAACUGUAGUUCUUCUGGUUAGUUCUCCUGUUUGAUAUCCAUCUUCCUGAAGAUUGGCAAAUUGGAGGCUGAAGAAGUUGUUGGUUUUUUUUCCCAACAAUAGGAUAAGAACAGCCAAGCUUCUUUAGUUUAAAGGUGUAUCUUAAGAAGUUUCCUUCUAUGUGCUAUGAAAAUCAAGUUUAAAAAUGUCAGAGGGCAAAUAAGUACAAACUGAGAAAUGGGGGUGUCAAUGCCUGUGCAAAAUGUAAGCCUCUUCCACAGGGUGGGAAGAAAUCGGAUCUGAACACAAAAGCCAUUUCCAGUCAUGUGAUUUAGUACAAACACAGAAUUCCUGAUUGUUUGGCCUGACGUCUUGAUUUUGUUACAAACUUUUUGACUUGCAGUCCUUUGCUAGAGAACUUACUCUGCAGACUAACCAGAUUAACUUUACUCUUCAUGGUAUUAAAUCAGGCCUCUAUUAAUACUACAAUGUGUAAUGUAUAAAGUGCUAAAUAAAAGAGGAUAUAUCAGCAAAGUUUUGUCUUCAGUAUUUCAGGAAGUUUUGAGAAAAAUAAACCUUGACGUUUUAAACUUUAAAAUUGCAAAUUUACCAGAUGUUUAGUGCAAUACAUGUUUAGCUGCAGCAUUGCAUCAGUUAAAUGAAUUAGACUAGAACAUCUGUGUCUGCCCUGACUUUGAUUCUAAUUAACACAUGGUGAAAAAAA